AUGAAUUCAGCUAAGCCGGUUGACGAUAGCUUCACUAAGUUAUUACCGAAGGUUGAGCUCCAUGCCCAUCUCAGCGGAAGUAUCAGCCGUCAAUGUCUGCAUGAGAUAUGGAAGAACAAGAAAAUCAAAGAUCCAAACUUUCAAGUCGAGGAUCCACUCGUGCUGAUGCCCCCAGGCAAAGUCGACUACACCCUGCAGACCUUCUUCCAAGUAUUCUCCAAACUCAUCUACCAACUAUGUAAUGACCUCGAAAGUCUGGCCUAUGCCACCACCUCCGUUCUCCAAGACUUUCACAACGACGGAGUCCGUUACCUAGAACUCCGCACAAUUCCCCGCCCAUCCCCAAAAGUCACCAGAGAGGAAUAUCUAACCACAGUCCUCAACACAAUAGCAGCUUUCAAAUCCCACACCGAUAUGUCUAUCUUCCUCAUCCUGGCUCUCGACCGCGGGAACACAUCCGCCGCUGAAGCAGAGGAAAUCAUCGACCUAGCCAUAUCCAAUAAGUCGCGCGGGGUUGUCGGUGUCGACCUCUGCGGGAACCCGACGCAGGGUGAUGUCAGUAUCUACCGUGACGCGUUUGCGCGAGCAAAGGCGCAUGGCUUGGGCCUUACGCUGCACUUUGCCGAGACAGCGGCCGUGGGCUUGCGGGAUGAGUUGGCGGUGUUGCUUGCGUUUCGGCCUGAUCGGCUAGGUCAUGUUAUUCAUGUGCCUGAUGAGGUUAAGGCAGAGAUUGUGAAGAGGGGGCUUGGGUUGGAGUUAUGCAUGUCUUGUAAUGUGCAUGCGAAGAUGAUUGAGGGGGGCUUUGUGGAUCAUCAUUUUGGAUCUUGGAGGGCUGAGGAUUGCCCAAUUGCUUUGUGUACGGACGAUGUGGGCUUCUUUUGUAGCUCCGUGUCAAAUGAGUAUCUGCUUGCUGCCCAGCACUUCGGUCUCGAUCGUGCUGAGCUGAUAAGAAUGUGUGAGAAGUCGUUUGAUAUGGUAUUUGGUGGAGAACAGGAGAAACAGAGAUUACGCGGAAUCCUUGGUGAGUUUGCAGGCUCUAUGGGAAUAACGGGUCAAGAGAUCCAAAGACAUUAG